CCGUUGUAUUAUCAACAAUCAGCAUUAAGAGAACGCAGACAGUUCAUGUUGGGCAACGUUGGAAUAUACUUGUUGACUAAUGUGGUCUCAGACUAAAUAAUAUGCAUUACUCACAAAAUCGCAGUUCACAUUUGCGCACAGCUGCAGCUGAUGAGUGACGACUACCAGCGCGACUACGAAUUUUCAAGUUGAACCUGUUCGUCGUUCGAUCGUCGUAGUCGAUUCGUGUUCCUUUUUAUCGCCUAUCGGUCCGAUUGAUCGCAGACCGCAGUAAAAUCAUUCCAAUUUUCCGAGCUGGACGCGCCGCCGCCCGGCCGAUUCACUCGUUUUCCGCAAUCCUCGUCUGGAGCACACCCAUAGGUGCACCUAUACCAUAAUAACAUCGCCGUUGGGUUCGGCCCACACGUCCGUCGAUAUAGGGUGACGAUGCAGUGUAGCAUUCGUCGACAUUUCCUGCCGACGUUUUGUCCAUUGCCGAGUUAAACGGACGACUUCAUCAUGCCCACCAACGGUCACGAUCAUGAAGAACUGGUGGUUUUGCCACCAAACGCCUUGGAUAUGAGGACAACAGGGGGGAACAACAACAACAACAAUAACAAUAAUAACAACAACAACCAGGCGUUCAAUGUACGGGACCGCCUGUUCUACGCUCUGUUCUAUAAGGCCACCUUGGGGUAUGCAAGAAUAUUCCCAAGAUCUCUGAGGAGGCUUAUAGAAUUUGUAUUUUUAUUAAAGGCCGUCUUAUCGUUUUUUGUGCUUGUGUAUGUACACAUGAAUUUUUCUCGAAUGCCAGCUAAUUGUUUAGACCAUGUUAAAGACGUAUGGCCUAGAGACGGUAUACUCCGAGUGGAGAUUAUUCGGGGUUUUCAACGUAUCCAUGCAGAACAAACAGGCACAAUAAACGAAUUAUUCACAGUAGAAAAAUCAUAUGAACGUGAAUAUAAACUAAAACGCAUGGAUACAAGUGAAGAAAAUGCGUCAUUGUUCAACCGCUUCAUUAAAACUAAUAGUCCCGAGAACAAAGAAGAGGUUGAUAUUGAACCAUCAACAGAAGAGUUAGUUGAAAAUAAAUUUCGAGAGACUAACACCCCAAAACCUACCUUAUUCAACUACUUAUCAUUUACAAAUUACAUAAACUUUGAAGAUGAGAAAAAAGAAAUGUUUAGCAGUACCACUAAGACAAAUCGGCAUACCACCAGUAAAUCAAAUUUUUCGAUAGAAGAAGACUCAGCACAAUUUCGUUCUACCAAGUAUCCAAAUAGUUCUAUUAGAGGUGUAUUGGGAAUCGAUUCAUUACUCCAGUCCACAAGUACAAAGUUACCUUCGAUCGACGACAAUGAAGUAAUAUUUUACGAGAAUUACAUUGUUGAAUAUUCAUUGGAGUACGGUUUUUUGCGUUUAUCGCCCAGUGCCAGAAAUCGGUUAGGCAUUCCUGUAAUGCUAGUAGCCUUAGAGCCUACUCUGAAUAAGUGUUUUGGUGAUUCGGUGGGUCAGUUUUUCUUGGAGUAUUUCCUUGGCUACGAUGACUUACUGAUGUCCUCUGUUAAAUCACUGGCUGAAAACGAACAAAACAAAGGAUUUCUGAGAAACGUCAUUACUGGAGAACAUUACAGAUUUGUGAGUAUUUGGAUGGCCAGAACGUCUUACAUUGCAUCAUUCUUCAUAAUGGUCGUGUUUACUGUAUCGAUUUCAAUGCUCUUGAGGUAUUCACACCAUCAGAUAUUUGUUUUCAUAGUGGAUUUGCUGCAGCUAUUAGAUUUUCACGGCUCGCUCUCUUUCCCGGCGGCGCCACUUUUGACCGUCAUACUGGCUCUGGUCGGCAUGGAGGCCAUAAUGUCGGAAUUUUUCAACGACACCACCACGGCGUUUUACAUCAUAUUGAUUGUCUGGGUAGCUGAUCAAUACGACACCAUAUGCAGCCAUUGUCCGAUCACGAAAAGGCAUUGGCUAAAGUUUUUCUAUCUGUACCACUUUUCGUUCUACGCUUACCACUAUCGGUUCAACGGUCAGUAUAGCAAUUUGGCUCUCAUUUGUUCGUGGUUCUUUAUUCAGCAUUCCAUGAUUUACUUUUAUCACCACUACGAGCUGCCGUAUGUGCUGCAGCAAGCUCAACUUCAGCAGGUGAUCAUCCAGCGGCAACAGCAACAGCACCAGCAGCAACACCAGCAGCAGCAGCAGCAGCAACAGCAGCAGCAGCACCAGCAACAGCACCAACCGACCGGCGGGGAUUCCUUGCGGCCGGAAGGCAGAAGUCCGGUGGAGGUGACCAUCAGGCCGGUCCAGCAUUUCAGCCUGAUGAACGGACUGAAUAACCUGGGCCGUUUGCGGGCAGUGCUGUUGCGUCGGCGGAGGGUGAGGACUUUUGAGCCGCCGCCGCCACCGACCCCGCCGACGCCCCCAACUUCCCAACAGAAUACGUCUCCACAGCCUCCACUGACGCCUGACGUGACCGGAAGUGUCGGUCCAGAAAAUGUUACGGCAGCGGCGCCAACUGUCGCAAUGUAAUAGUGCGCUUUGUACCCGCGAUGAGCUGUCAAACUACCCCUACCACCUAUACCUUACAUACCUAUCUUACUUACCUUAUAAUACUCCUACUACGAAAACAGCAACAACUACUAUAAUAACAAUGUGGACGACAGUUGCCUACUACUGCUAUUAUUGUAAUACAGUUUUUAUAAUGCCGCGCAGAUUAUAUUAUAUUAUAAUUAACACAUUAACGCCCCCCUAUAAUCUGUGAUAUACGAUGCACGUGUGAUAAUGGUGGUGACGACGACGAAGACGAGUAAAACGAUGUAUAUAAUAUGUAUAUAUAUAUCACGGGACUUGAAACGGCGGCGGCGUAUGUAAUAUGUACAGAGAUCGUAUAAUAAUUAUAUAUUAUAUAUUGCUUUUGUUAUUAUUAUUACUAUUAUUUUGUAUUUUAUAUUUUCUUCUUCUGACAACGGUACACGAGAGCAUCCGGAAUUCAUCGUUUAUACGUUGAAUAAUAAUUAUAAUAGUAAUAUCAUGUUUAUCGUUCGCACAAACUCCUCGUUCGCGUGAUUGCGGGGGCAUGUGAAACUGGCCGCUCCGCUGCUUUCGUCCUUGUGGUGGCGAUGAAAGUGGCGUUAGAAAAUAUAAAGUGGUGACGGAGCCCGGGAACGUUUUUUCUUAUUUUAGGGUUGUAUUUGUUUUUAUUUUCACUCUACCUAGUUUGUAAAUUAUGAUUGUAUAUUUUUUUUUGUUCUAUAGCAUUUGUAAUUAAUAUAUAGGUAUAUAUUAUUAUAUGUUAAUUAUUAUAUGCCAUUUGUUAUUUUAAAAUAUUGAUACUAUAUAAUUAUAAUACCGCCGUACUAUAAUAUAUCGUGCAGUAUAUAUGCGGUGUAUGACGUGUACGUAAGUUUUUCGAACAUUCAAUUAUAUUAUAUAAACAUGUA